AUGUCUACUAUGUGUUCUUCAGAAGCUAGGGCGUCCCCCAGAAGCGACGCGCAUUGUCCUUGCCCGGGCAAUGUGGCAAAUAUGCGAGGGCUACCGGCUAGAGGACGGAGCCGGCCAAAGAAGUUAGUUUGCCAUCGCCAACAACAUCCAGUGCACUUGGCAACACUUACCGUUAGAACGCCUACUGGAAGAAGUUGUGAACUGGCAGACGGUCUCAGAAAACGCAGGGUACGACAUAUGCUGUGUACAGGAGACUCGCUGGAAAGGGUCCAAAUCAAGGAAUUAGGCGAUGGCUACAAGCUCAUCCACCAUGGCACAUCAAAUCACAGUGGCGCUGGUAUCAUAUUGAACGAGCCGUUUAGAAACAGCGUCACAGCAGUGGAUCGACUAUCGGAUCGCCUGAUGGCUGUAAAAGUGGACACAGGAGAAGUGGAAUUGCGAGUCGUCUCUGCUUAUGCGUCACAGGGCUGUAGUGAAGAAGAGAAGGCGUGCUUUUGGGAAGAUCUGGAGCAGUACGUCCAAUCCCUGGCGAAGAAGUACUUCUAA